CAUUUCCACACCCCCUCAACGGUUAGGGGAGAGCUCGUGGUCUAAGUAACGAGAGGACUUCUGACUGUAAUCCUAGCACGUCACUUUGUUGAAGGCAGACACGUGGUUCAGAGAGAACUUAUAAAUCUCUCCUCUCCGGCAAGAUCGUGAUGUUAUCUGCUGGCAGCAGAAGGUUCGCUCCGAGCGGAGCUCCAGAAGCUCCUGACAAGAGAGAGACAGAUAGAGAUAGAAAGAGAAAGACAGCAGAGUGAGAGCGCAAGUGAAAGAGGCAGGGGAGGGGGAUGGAGAAUAUCAGCCUAACGGUCUAGGGAGUCAUCCAGGAACAAACUGAGGGGGCUGCUCGGCUGCAGACAGGAGGAGGCAGAGAGGGUCUAUUUUAGGGUGGCAAGUGCCUACCUACCCUAAGCGAGCAAUUCCACGUUGGGGAGAAGGCAGGAGAGGUUGGGAAAGGGUGGAAGUCCAAGGGAGCCCCUGCGCAACCCCCUCAGGAAUAAAACUCCCCAGCCAGGGUGUCGCAAGGGCUGCCGUUGUGAUCCGCAGGGGGUGAACGGAACCGCGACGGCCGAUCGUCUGUGGCUGGGUUGGCGUUUGGAGCAAGAGAAGGAGGAGCAGGAGAAGGAGGGAGCUGGAGGCUGGAAGCGUUUGCAAGCGGCGGCGGCAGCAACGUGGAGUAACCAAGCGGGUCAGCGCGCGCCCGCCCGGGUGUAGGCCACGGCGCGCAGCUCCCGGAGCAGGAUCCGCGCCGCCUCUGCAGCCUCUGCGGCCCCUGCGGCACCCGACCGAGUCCCGAGCGCGGUGCGAAGCGCACCCUCCUCCCCGCGGCGCGCCGGGCUCGCCCCCAGCGCGCGCACACGCGCGCACACACACACACACACACACGCACACACGUGUGCGCUUCUCUGCUCCGGAGCUGCUGCUGCUCCUGCUCUCAGCGCCGCAGUGGAAGGCAGGGCCGAACCGCUCCUUCUUUAAAUAUAUAAAUUUCAGCCCAGGUCAGCCUCUGCGGCCCCCCUCACCGCGCUCCCGGCGCCCCUCCCGUCAGUUCGCCAGCUGCCAGCCCCGGGACCUUUUUUCAUCUCUUCCCUUUUGGCCGGAGGAGCAGAGUUCAGAUCCGCCACUCCGCACCCGAGACUGACACACUGAACUCCAUUUCCUCCUCUUAAAUUUAUUUCUACUUAAUAGCCACUCGUCUCUUUUUUUUUUCCCCCAUCUCGUUGCUCCAAGAAUUUUUUUUUUUUCUUACUCUCCAAAGUCAGGGUUCCCUCUGCCCGUCCCGUAUUAGUAUUUCCACUUUUGGAACUACUAGCCUUUUUUUUUCUUUUUUUUUUUUAAAGGAAUUCAAGCAAGAUACGUUUUUCUAUUGGGCAUUGACUAGAUUGUUUGCAAAAGUGUCGCAUCAAAAACAAAACAAAACAAACAAACAAACAAAAAAAAACAACUCUCCUUGAUCUAUACUUUGAGAAUUGUUGAUUUCUUUUUUUUUUCUUCUGACUUUUAAAAACAACUUUUUUUUUCCACCUUUUUAAAAAAUGCACUACUGUGUGCUGAGCGCUUUUCUGAUCCUGCAUCUGGUCACGGUCGCGCUCAGCCUGUCUACCUGCAGCACACUCGAUAUGGACCAGUUCAUGCGCAAGAGGAUCGAGGCGAUCCGCGGGCAGAUCCUGAGCAAGCUGAAGCUCACCAGUCCCCCAGAAGACUAUCCUGAGCCCGAGGAAGUCCCCCCGGAGGUGAUUUCCAUCUACAACAGCACCAGGGACUUGCUCCAGGAGAAGGCGAGCCGGAGAGCGGCCGCCUGCGAGCGCGAGAGGAGCGACGAGGAGUACUACGCCAAGGAGGUUUACAAAAUAGACAUGCCGCCCUUCUUCCCCUCCGAAACUGUCUGCCCAGUUGUUACAACACCCUCUGGCUCAGUGGGCAGCUUGUGCUCCAGACAGUCCCAGGUGCUCUGUGGGUACCUUGAUGCCAUCCCACCCACUUUCUACAGACCCUACUUCAGAAUUGUUCGGUUUGACGUCUCAGCAAUGGAGAAGAAUGCUUCCAAUUUGGUGAAAGCAGAGUUCAGAGUCUUUCGUUUGCAGAAUCCAAAAGCCAGAGUGCCUGAACAACGGAUUGAGCUGUAUCAGAUUCUCAAGUCCAAAGACUUAACAUCUCCAACCCAGCGCUACAUUGACAGCAAAGUUGUGAAAACAAGAGCAGAAGGCGAAUGGCUUUCCUUCGAUGUAACUGAUGCUGUUCAUGAAUGGCUUCACCAUAAAGACAGGAACCUGGGAUUUAAAAUAAGCUUACACUGUCCCUGCUGCACUUUUGUACCAUCUAAUAAUUACAUCAUCCCAAAUAAAAGCGAAGAAUUAGAAGCAAGAUUUGCAGGUAUUGAUGGCACCUCCACAUAUACCAGUGGUGAUCAGAAAACUAUAAAGUCCACUAGGAAAAAAAACAGUGGGAAGACCCCACAUCUCCUGCUAAUGUUAUUGCCCUCCUACAGACUUGAGUCACAACAGACCAACCGGCGGAAGAAGCGUGCUUUGGAUGCGGCCUAUUGCUUUAGGUAAAGGA